CCACGGAGGGACUGAGACCCGCAACAGCCUGCGCGAACCGAGGGCGAGUCUGAACCGUUUCAUCCUCUGGAUUUUACGCGCAACCGGACUAUUUUUUAUUUUAUCAAUUUUUUUCUGCGUUGUUUUUUCUUUUGUUUGUUUGUUUAGUUGUUUUCACGUUGGCGUGGGGAUCAGAGCAGAAACAAAAACGGGGGAAAAGAAAAGAAUCACUCGUAAAAAAAGGCAACUGCGUGGCCACGCUCUCCCUCCCACCCCAGCCGAGCUCGUCUAGCUGCACAUCCAUUCUCUUGCGUGGCACAAGUCUGGUAUUUUCUUUCAGCUGUAAACCCAGACUGACGGAGGGGGAUCAGUCCGAGAGGAGCGAACGGGAGACAUUUGGUUUCCAAACCGAGCCGGGACUGCUCUGCGGGGAUCCUACUAUAUAGCCUGUGCUUGCUGGAUGGAAUAGGCAAAAACGGUGGAGAGGGGUGGGGGGUUUCAUUCAUUUUUCAGCCCCUCUCAGCCACCACCCCUGUGGAUCUGUCCGUGUGUUGUUGUUUUUUUGUUUGUUUGUUUUUUUUUUUCGCCCUCCUCUUCAUCAUUCAGCCUUGUUCACGAGUGGAAUGCUGUGAACGAUUUAUUGGGCUGCUUGUGGAAUUAUAAUUAAUAAUAAUAAUCAUCAUCAUCAUCAUCAUAAUCUAGGCAGACUUGUGUUUUUAUUUUCCACGCCAGGCCUUAACACACUGGAGGCGCACUGCUGUUUUUUAAGAAAUGGAGAAUGAAGAUGGGGAUUACCAUCAUUUAUCCAGGAAAAUCACUGGCCCGCGUGCCACACCAGCCAAAGUGUGCAGUGAUCGGCGAAAAUAGCAGACUGCAUUUUGGGGAUUUUUCUUUGCGAUCAAAAACGCCUCCCCUCUCCAAUCAGAUCGCAUUUAUUUAUAUUUUUAAGUAGAUCUGCACGCACGUUUGGAGGCUGCUAAAGAGUAGUAGCCUUUCGGGCUACAGACAUUUAUUUUUCCUUUUUUUUUUUUUUUUUUAAUUCCUGAUUGUAUUUUGAAUGUGCAGGAUCUCUUGCGAGGGGGGCGGACGCGUACGGACCUGCUAUUUCGUUUCAGAUUUUUUUUUUCGCGUUUUUUGAAAGGAAAAUAAUGAACGUGGGAGCAGAAACAUCGAUGGGUAGCCUGACCUUGUUUUGGGGUUUGCUGCUGUUUUUUUCUUCUGUCUGCGUGCGAUCCACUCAUGGAGAGAUCUGUAGCCCGAGUAUUGACAUCCGGAAUUACAUAAGUGAAUUCCAGGCUCUUGAGAACUGCACAGUGUUGGAAGGUUUCCUACAAAUCGUUUUAAUCAAUGAAAAGACAAGCAACAUCAACCAAGAGGUCUUCCGCACCCUCAGCUUCCCGAAGCUGACCGUCAUCACCGACUAUCUGCUGCUGUUCCGCGUUCCUGGCCUGGAUAGCCUCAGCACGCUCUUCCCCAACUUGAGCGUCAUUCGGGGCCGUAAUCUCUUAUAUGGAAAUGCUUUGGUGAUCUAUGAGAUGACCAACCUAAAGGACAUUGGCCUUUACAACUUGAUGAACAUCACCCGUGGGACAGUGCAGAUUGAAAAGAACCCAGAGCUCUGUUUCCUGGACACGGUGGACUGGUCUCUGAUCAUGGACAGCAAUGUUAAUAAUGUUAUAACUGGGAACAAGAAGUCGAAGGAGUGUGAUGAUGUCUGCCCAGGCACAAUGGAGGACAGCCCUACAUGUCAGAGGACAUUGGUCAAAGGCAACAAUGACUACCGCUGCUGGACAUCGAAGCAUUGUCAGAAAGUGUGUCCUCAGCAGUGUAAGUUGGCUUGUAUGGACAAUGGGGAGUGUUGCCACAGUCAGUGCUUGGGAGGCUGCUCCGAACCCAACAACGACAUGGCCUGCUCGGCGUGCGUCCACUACAAACACGAGGGUCGCUGUGUGUCGGACUGUCCUGAAGGCACCUUCAUGUUCGAGGGCUGGCGCUGCAUCACCAAGAGGGAGUGCUCUGAAGUGCACCUCUCCAACGACAAUCCCUUUGUCAUCCACAACAGAGAAUGUAUGAAUGACUGCCCCUCUGGCUUCACUCGCAAUGAAACUGACCGCAUGCUGUGCACCGCUUGCAAUGGUCUGUGUGACAAGUUCUGUACGUCGUCUGUUAUUGAUUCUGUGGAUGCUGCUCAGUCCCUGAAGGAGUGCACUGUCAUCGAAGGCAAUCUGGUCAUCAACAUCCGCAACGGAAUUAAUAUAGCCUCUGAGCUGGAGACCUUCAUGGGACUGAUCCAGACAGUGAUGGGCUAUGUGAAAAUUCGACACUCUCACUCUCUCAGUUCGUUGUCCUUCCUCAAAAGCCUCCGAUACAUCAACGGGAAGGAGCUUAUUGAAGACACAUAUUCGUUCUCCGCCGUCAACAACCAGAAUCUGCAGUCCUUGUGGAAUUGGACCCAGCACAACCUGACUAUUCAGGCAGGGCGUCUCUUCUUCCGUGGAAACCCGAAGCUCUGCAAGUCUGAGAUUCACGCCAUGUGGGAAAAAACGGGCAUAACUGUAAAGCCAGAAGAGGGUGAUUUCCGCUACAAUGGUGAACGGGCCAGCUGUGAAAGUCACACCUUGAAGUUCAAGUCUAACAUUACAACAAGCAACACGAUCACGCUGACGUGGGAACGCUACCAAGUCUCCGACCGUGGAGAUCUCUUAAGCUUCAUAGUCUACUACAAGGAGUCACCUUCCCAGAAUAUCACAGAGUUUGAUGGCCAGGAUGGCUGUGGCUCCAAUAGCUGGCACAUGGUGGACGUAGACCUUCCACAGGACAAAAAUACAGAUCCCAAAUUUACUCUUCAAUAUCUCAAGCCCUGGACCCAGUACGCCAUUUAUGUGAAAGCCACCACCCUGCAGAUGAAGGACGAACACAUCUCUGGGGCGAAGAGCGACAUCAUUUAUAUCCGCACGCGACCUUCAUUGCCGUCUGUGCCCAAAGAUGCCCAUGCAUAUGCCAACUCUUCAACCAAGUUGCUAGUGAAGUGGUCACCUCCAGUUUUUCCCAAUGGCAAUCACAUUUACUACCUGGUGCGCUGGCAGCGGCAGCAUGAGGACCAGGAGCUCUACAAGCAUAAUUACUGCUCCAAAGAGCUGAAGUUACCAAUCCGGAGCCCAUCAUUAGAGCCCACAGAGGGGAAAGAUCACCUAACCCCCCCCAAAAUUACCCUGCCUGGGGAAAAAAUGGAACAGUGUUGUCCUUGCCAGAACACUUCCGAAGAAAAGGAUAAGAACAAGCAUGACCACUACUAUUUAAAAGCUUUUGAGAACUUCCUCCAUAAUGUCAUCUUUCUUCCAAGACCUGCAGAUCGUCGUCGCAGAGACCUUUUUGGUCUUGCUAACAACACUCAGUUUCACGACAGCAGUCAGGGCAAUACUAGCCUUGGCUCAGUGGAUAACAGCACAAAUGUCAUCCCUCGUGUCAUUGAAUAUUCCUUCCUUGAUGACAGAACGUCAGCAGAAUUUAUAGAAAUCUCUGACCUAACGCCUUUCACCUUGUACCUUAUUGAAAUCCACGCCUGCAACGAGGACCUGGGCUACAACUGCAGCAUCGGAGCUUUUGUUUUUUCUAGGACUAAACCUGCUGCCAAAGCAGAUGACAUCCCUGGGAAGGUUGUCUAUGAAAUGUGUGACAAGAUUGAGGGGUGUGUGGUGCUGCACUGGUCAAAGCCCGUCACACCUAACGGACUUAUUCUGAUGUAUGAGAUCAAGUACCGUCUGGGGAAUGAGCCUGAAAAGCAUACGUGUGUGUCGCAUCAGCAGUACCACGACUACAAUGGAGUUCGCUUGACGAUCCUGAGCUCCGGGAACUACUCUGCUCAAGUGAGAGCCACGUCUCUGGCAGGAAAUGGCUCAUGGACAGAGAGCAUCUACUUCUACGUGCCUCCACCUAAACGAGAUGAUCUUGCGACUCUCUACUUGGUCAUCAUCCUGCCCAUUAUAGCGACUCUCGUAGUCGCAAGCCUCACCACCAUUCUCUUCAUCAUCAACAAAAAGAGAAGCAACAACAGACUUGGGAAUGGAGUCCUUUAUGCAUCUGUCAACCCAGAGUACGUCAGUGCGGCUGAAAUGUACACUCCGGAUGAGUGGGAGGUAGCCAGGGAAAAGAUCACCAUGCACAAGGAGCUGGGGCAGGGCUCCUUCGGCAUGGUGUACGAAGGCACAGCCAAAGGCGUCAUCAAGGAUGAACCUGAGACACGGGUGGCGAUCAAGACGGUGAAUGAGUCAGCAAGCAUGAGGGAGCGGAUAGAGUUUCUGAACGAGGCGUCCGUGAUGAAAGAGUUCAACUGUCAUCAUGUGGUGCGGCUGCUGGGUGUGGUCUCUCAGGGACAGCCAUCCUUGGUUAUCAUGGAGCUGAUGACCCGUGGGGAUCUCAAGAGCCACCUCCGCUCUCUUCGUAAUGAAAACACCACCUCUCAGGUCUUGCCCCCGCUGAAAAAGAUGAUCCAGAUGACGGGGGAGAUUGCAGACGGCAUGGCUUACCUGAACGCCAACAAGUUUGUCCACAGAGACCUGGCUGCCAGGAACUGCAUGGUAGCUGAGGACUUCACGGUGAAGAUAGGAGAUUUUGGCAUGACCAGAGACAUUUAUGAGACGGAUUACUAUCGAAAAGGAGGAAAGGGCCUGCUGCCAGUUCGCUGGAUGUCUCCAGAGUCACUGAAAGAUGGCGUCUUCACCACAAUGUCUGAUGUCUGGUCAUUUGGUGUUGUGCUGUGGGAAAUCGCCACCUUAGCUGAACAGCCUUACCAGGGCAUGUCCAAUGAGCAAGUGCUGCGCUUUGUCAUGGAAGGGGGACUCCUGGACAAACCCGACAACUGCCCGGACAUGCUGUUUGAGCUGAUGAGGAUGUGCUGGCAGUACAACCCCAAGAUGCGUCCGUCCUUCUUGGAGAUCAUCAGCAGCAUCAAAGGGGAUCUGGAUCCCCACUUCCAGGAGGUGAGUUUCUUCUACAGUGAGGAGAACAAGCCGCCGGACAUGGAGGAGCUCGACAUGGAGGUGGAGAACAUGGAGAACAUUCCACUGGACCCUGUAUCUACCAGGCAACCCUCAGCUGCUGGCAUUCCCCUGUCUGGGUGCAUGGGAAGCAGGUCACCUCUUUCCUCGCAGCAGUUAUCUCCCUUACAAGGCCCAAGUACUCCCUUACUAGGAUCUGUGUCCCAUUCGCCACCGGGGCCUCUGCCCUCGGCCAUGACGUCUUCGGGACAGGGCUUGGACAAGCACUCAGGACAUGCUUUGGCCAACGGGCCUGUGGUGGUCCUGCGACCCAACUUUGAUGAGUUGGAGCCGUACGCACACAUGAACGGAGGCAGAAAAAACGAGCGGGCGUUACCGCUGCCCCAGUCGUCGGCCUGCUGAUAUCAGUCCAGCAUCUCCUCUUCCUCUCACACAGGGUAACAAAAACCUCUCAGUCUCUUCACGAGAGUUGGGCGAGGUAAGAAAAUUACUUUGUUUCUACUGUGUGCCAGUAGAUGGGCUCUCUACUCCAUUUAAGGCAUGGAACGACCAGAGAACACAAACUCUGAGAACGGUAAAACAGCACAGAAACCUGCUGUGGCAUGUGGUGUUUGGUGGCUCAGACACACUGGGGACUCCUUCCUGUGCAGCCUACAUUGUUACAUACAAGCCCUUCAAGAAGGAAACCAACAUAAGGAUGUAUAUUGGCACACAGACUUCUACAUGAACUCAAGAAAAAAUCUUUUUAGCAUAUCUGCCAGCAAAACCAACAGAAGAGCACUUUUGUCCUGAGGAUUUCAGAGAGGAUGUGAUGAAUAUAUUGAGCGUCUAUUUAUAGAAUUCGAUCAUUCUCUCUACAUUAUGGUAAAGCGCCUCCUUUUUGUGAGCCAGCCGGGUUCAUGUUGUGUGGCAACAUCUCCUUUAAAAAUAAGACUCUUAAAUAUUAUUAUUUUCUACGUGAUCCUUUCAGGUGUGGGUUAAAUUGGUAGGCCUGUUUUGUAUCUGCCAAACUUUUGCCAAAUCAAGCUUUUCCUUCAGUCUCCUAAGGGUGUCCUCUUUUUUGUUGAAGACUGUGAUUCAGAGUUAAUGAUAAAUCAAAUCCUCCUGUGCAAUAAAGAAAAAAAAAAUUACUUGCCAUAUAACUUAGAAUGUUUUUACUAAAUUUAAAUGCAAGGGUUUCCAGAUUAUGCUGGGUCAAAUAACACAUCAUAAGCAGAAGCCAGCCCAAACACAAUACCAAGUACAAGACUCUACUUAAAGAAGUGACUGUCAAGUCAUAAGCAGCCACAAUAUUGUGAUUGGCGAUGGAGAAUGCAGACUUUGCACUGGAUCACACUCUUUUGUGCUAUUUAUGUUGAUAGCGAUAAAAGCUGAUAAUAAAUAAAUCAUUUUGGCUGUAAAUCUGUUACUACACAGUCACAUCCUCAAAAACAAACAUUGAAACUAAAACUACAGUACUUCAGAACAAUAUUCACUCCAAUCAAUUCUACAUUUAAAAAUAACCACAUGUAUGCAUUGCUGGGUCAUUGCAUUAAUAAAUGCAAACUAGCAACUGCUGAGCAACUGCUAUCUAAAAAUAUUUUAUUCCUCCACAUUAAUUAAACAAAAAGUAAAUCAAGGUUUUAAAAAUUCAUAUUUCAGGCAUAAAACAAGACACAGGGCUGGGUGAUAAAAUGUAAAAGUAUUUCUAUAUUUUUAGGAUUUACAGCACUAGAUAGCGAGACAUGUAAAUUCAUUCGUAAUCACUCUAAUUACGGUCAACCUCUGACUUCAGUGGCAAACAACAACUCAGAUUUAUCAAGAUAAUGAAAGUUGCAGCUGUCCUCUCAUAUAAUCCAGCACUGGAAAUGACUUAACGAGUCUGGCUCCAAAGGUUAAGAUAUUAUUUUGGUCUCAUUUUGAAAAGAUUAUACUUGUCUGGCAACUAUGUUUGCAAAAGACAUGAUAAUUGAUAUUACAGGGAAAAUACAAAUCACUGUUGCCACUGACAGCUGACAAGAUUGCAAAAUUUUUAACUACUACACAAAAUAUCUGAAUAAACAACUGUUUGCACAGUUGUUUAAACACCAGACAUGCUUUGACACAUCAGCAAUUUAAACGCAUGGGAAAUAAAUGGAAAAUCUCUGAAAAAUCAUUACAAGUUAACAAUACAGUACGAUCUAUCUAGAAACUGAUUAUGCAAGCAAUGUUUAGCAUAAUAUUUACAGCUGGGACAGGCUAAGAGAUAGCAGAAUAAAAAUUUAAAGAGGCUGUUUCAUAAAGGCAUCAAAUUCCUAACCAUGGUAUUGAGAAAGGUCAUGUAGAAUUACUUUUGUUUGCGGGCUGCCUAGUGUUGUGUUUUAGACAUUCCCAUCAAGACACGGUGCCUUGACGGAUCUUUGUGCUGCAGCCCUCAAGUAGGAAAGAGUCUUUCCUUUUUCGCAAGAGCAUUAGCCAAAAUUUAGCUUUCAACAAAACGUGAUCUGCUUUUGUUGCAAUGAGCUGAUGGCUCCCUAAACCCAGAUGAUAAAAUGUCAGAGUUGUUUCAAGUCUAUCACCGCUGUUUUCAUUUGCAAACCUAUGCAUUUGUUAAUUUAGCAUCUGUCACUAAAAACUAAAUUGUUGGGCAGUUAUUUUCACCUUUGUCACAACCUGUAGAAAAACGUAUUUAUCACCCAGUCCCAAGUCGAAUUACCAGAAACCACUUACGCCUAAUCAAUUAAACAAUCAGUUCACAAAGCAAUCUCAAAUGAGCCCCAAAAUUAUUGUGGCUGAAACUCAGUAAUAAGACAGAAUUAAUAUAAACAGGAGAGAAAAAUGCUGUGCUAGUAUUUGUAACAUGCCUCACAUCAUGCAGCAUAGCUUGUGCUCUUUAACAAAGAGAAAGUACAGCUGUGACAUUACAUUGUUUCCAACUGAUGUAAAAAUGGGGCUUCUGACAGAAUGAACCAAAAAAAUAUAACAUAUCAGCAUGGUCCAGAUGCACUGAAAUCAUGUUAUGAAACAUUUGAAAAUUUGAUUAUAAUUUACUAGUGGCAUUCAACUACCAAUUGUACCUGCAGUUCUUGAAUCUAGAUAAAAAAUGAAGUUCUUGUACCAUUUUGAUUAGUGUAUUUUAUAAAAUAGAUUUUUUUUUCGCAGGGGGUAAAAAAUAUCCACAAUUAAAAAUUUGUUCCACCUCAGGAAAAUCCCUUUUCACAUAUGUUUGGUCCAAAAAAAACAACAACUCUGAAUUACUAUCUCAGCCGAUUUUUUAGUUUGAAAUAUGCUUCAGUGCAAAUCAUUGGUCCUCCAGAGCUGAUAACCCAGCUUAUCACCCUGCUUUAUUUUCUCACAGUUUUGAGAUAAACGGUGUUCAGAUCCAGUGCUAUCAAAACCGCAGCAACAAACUGGAGGCAUCAAUCAAGAGGCUGUUGGAUCAGAUUUAGUAGCCUAGAGGCAAACGUUCAAGUCUCUAAAAAUGGUCAUUAUUGGUCUUUCUUGCAUUUCAAACACACAGGAAAGGUCUUACAGUUGCAUUUUAGACUGCAGAAUAAUUUUUUAUACACAUCAUUGGGUUUUGUCACUUUAAAAAAAAUACAAUAAAGCUUUUUUUAUACUUUUAAAAAUGUUUGCCUCUAUGUCUGUACAGAACAAAGCUGCUAUUUUAUUCUUUUUCUCUUUUUGGAUGUUAUAUAUAUAUAAAUAUAUCUAUAUAUAGAGAAAUCCUUCAGGUUUGCUAUUUUAUGAUCUCCACAGCAGUCCCUUUUUAUAUCUUUAAGCUGUUUAAAACAAAAAAAAGAGAAAAGUUACCCCUCAAGAUUUUGAGUAACACUAAAUUUCAUUCAUUGCCUUUUCUAAAGACUAUGUCUCUUGUUGUUUUGUCAAUAUAUAUAAUUAUUAGAGAUGAACAUGUUAGCUCGAUGUGUGAGCUUGUACUUCUGCACCCUUUGUUUUUUUUUCUAUUAUUAUUGUUUAGCACUGUGCCUAGUGUUGUCCCCUAGGUACGAUUUAAUCUCAGGUUAAAGUAAAGGCUUUGCUUUCCCCACACACUUUCCUCUCCUUUACUUGCCUCACCUUUUGCCCCUUUCUAAGUCAUCCCUCUCAUGUUUUCUAAAGUGAAACAGUUUCCUCUUCCCUUCCCUUUGCUGGUCUCUAACAGCGAACCUUCCCUCCCUGUGCCUCCUUUCAAAGUCAGGAUUAGCUCCGACAUACAAGACGGCACUUCAGACCAGAUCUGGUUUUGUAAACCCAUCCAUCUCAUGCCUAAUCCCCAGUAAAUAGGGCUAACUGGGUUCUCUCGUUUGCCUUAAAUAUGUCAACCAUAUAGUCUAAGCAUUUAAAGUUUGCAAUUUUCAUUUUAUCCUCUCAAGCACAAAAUGACAUCACUCCUGCUAGUAUCAAAAUUUCAAGAUGAGAGUUCAAAAGCCGCAUCUGAAAGCCAAAUAAAGGAUGGGUUAAAGUCCAGGGAAGGGAACAAGGUUCAAUGUCACAAUUGAAAAUAAAAGGUCUUAAAAUGGCUGAAUAGUAAAAAGUGUGUUGAAGGAUUUCUAAUGUUGCCUGGUGAUUUUAUUUUAUUUUUUCUCCUCUUAAACUUAUUUUCCUUGUAGGAGUGUUUAUUUAUUUAUUGUUGUAUUUUCCUUUUGAAUACCAGUAAAAAUCACUGUAAAAACGCCCCAUACAUAAGUACAAACUUGGUUUAUUAUUUUUAUUAUUUUAUGUAUGCAUUGUCCUUGAUGUUAUGGCGAGGGUACUUUUUUAUUUUUCCUCUUUUUUUUCCAUUCAGGCAUAUAUCUACCUCACUCUUUUUAAAUGUGUGUAUAAAAAAAAAUACAUCUCACUCUUAAAAUUUAGGAGAAACCUCACCUAGUUAAAUUUUUAAAAAGUCCACAGGGAUCUCUAGAUAAAACCUCAUAUGAAGCAGACUGGGACAGAAGGUGGAAUGAGUUUGGCCCGUGAACGCCCACAUGACUGGUUUUACGAAAAAAAAGCAAGUUUCUGUCUCAAACUUAGAAUAAAGACACCACAAGGCUGACAAAACGUCAUUGUUUUUCAGCUGGAUCAUAAGCAACCAGUGUGGAUCAGUAUGUGAUGAAAUAGAGCCAAACAUUCCAUCUCCACUGAGUUCCGACCUGUUGUCACAACCUUCAAAUCCUCAAACCACAACCAUCAGAAUCUCAUUGAAAAUGUAUUUCUAAAGAAAUCUUAAAAAGAUGACACAGGAAAUAUUACGAAAGGGAAAUGUUUUAUUUACCUCCACGAAUGACAUAAAUAAAAAACACACUACAUAUAUAUGCGGUUCGACUUGCAGGUGACAUGCCAUUUUAAAACCUUUACUUUAUUCCAAAACCGACAGCAUUUAAUUUCUGCCUGAAGUAUCGAUAAGUGUUGUGAAUGUAACAAGGACAGAUAUGUAGUUUCACACAAAGCAUCUAAGAAAAAGGAAAAUCUCACCUUGUACCUGUUUCUACCUUCUGUAAGCAUAAGAAACACUUUUCAAUGAUUAGUGGCAGAGAGCUAAAAAGCCACUAUUUAGUUUUAUCAUUUCUGUAAACUCCAUGUGGUUCUUUGUCAUGUAUCAAUUAGAAAUGUUGUGUCCAUGUGAUUUUCUUAGUUUUGAUCUUUCAGACAUUACAAUAGAUAUAAAACGUUUACACGCCGCUGGUAAAAUGCCAGAUUUCUGACAUGUUCAAGAGUUGGACCAAGAUAAACCAUUUCAGAGUUUUAACCCUCUCUAAAGUGACCCACUCAAAACACUAUUAGAAUGUAAAUAUGUCCCCAUUAAACUAUGUUGUAUUGGACCAUUCAAUCAAAGCUUCAAGGCAUGACGCUACCACCAUUUUGCAUCACAGUAUGUAUGACGUUUUUUUUUUUUUAUAUAUAUAUACAUAUAUUUUUUUUUUACUAUGGUGCCUUGUUUGUUAUAAACACCUUUUUAAAAACAUAGCCCCCCCUCAUGUCAUGUGUUAGGAAAAUGUCAAAUGUGUUUUUGAAAAAUUGGACUGGAUUCCAGUUUGUCACUCUACUCCUUAGCCUAGACACAUAAAGAACACAGGAGAUCGUCAUCUCACAUGCUACACAGUCAGUACUUGCCAGACUUCCUGACCAGUUUUCUUCUCGUUUUUCCACUAACUUCAGAUGUUGCCCAGUUUCUGGUAAUGUCAUUGUUACGCCCCGAUUUCUCAACCUCAUGUUGACUCUUUGAACUGCGCUUGAUGGAAUAUCUAAAACCUUGGAAAGUCUUUUGUGCUCUUCUCUCUUCCCUCCAGAUUGUUGGUUUGUUUUUUCAAGUUUGUGGUACAUUAAAGGAGGAAAACAUUCUGAUAUGGUUUAUCAUGAUUUCACUUUUUACAUAUUAGCAGGCAUUUUAACAGGGGUUGUGUUUCCACUGUAUCUAUACACACACCACUUUUAGUGCUGCCAGUUUAGUCACCACAGUGGAUCUUACAGCAUCACCAAAAAUGUUAUCUGUCCAAGGAAGCGAAGCAGCUCCAACACCUCAAAACCUCCUUCAAAGCCUCAGCUGCACGUUUUACUCAUGGCCAUUGGCUUGUUGAUGGACUUGGACGAAAGUGGUUGUUUUUUUUUUCCUUUUUUCAAAUUAGAAGUUACCCACAGGGUAACUUUUAAUGUAAAAGUUUGGUGCUCAGUCCUCUUAAUCAUGCAACUGAACAAUCUUUUCAUAUUUUUUAAAGAGCCAAGUUGCUGCUGAAUUUCUUUACAGAAACCACCACUGACAAGCAAAAAAGGUCGAGAUGUUAACAUAUCUGUGUGUUUAUGUUUGUCCAGAAAUCGUUAAAUGUUUUUGUUUUUCAGUUCUUAGCAGUCACUGAUAUGCUGAGGGAGGAGCUACCAGUUACUAUUAGAUCCGAAACCUGUCAAAUCUGUAACAUUUCCAACAUGGACAGAGCCAGGACAGGGAUGUUGCAUAAAUUACGGGUAGUUCAGGUAACAAGUGAACAACAUAGUUAGAAAAAGAUAAUUUAAAGUUUCACAAGUCACUCUUUUAUUUACUGUAGACUGUAACCAUAAUCAUAAUUACAUUCUUUUCAAUUUUCUCAUUAGAAAACAUCAGGUUUAUGGAGAAGGCAACACAGCAGUCUCCUGCAAUAAUUAGGUUUGAGGUGUAUCGAUCCACACAUGUCUGUUUUUGUUUUAUUUCAUCUGCAUUCCUAAAACCUUCGGAGGGGCCUUGGUCUUCUACUGCUACUACACUUAUUAAAUUCUGUGUUCAUAACUUGACGGGGGAAGAAUAAUCAAACUGUUUUCUCUAGUCUGUCUUCUUUUUAAGCUCUGUAUCUGAGGCCUCAAAGUUGUUUUUUCACAAUUAUAGCUGAGAUGGUGUAUUUUUGACAAGCCGUCUCAAAAAUGUGUAUAAGAGAAUUUCUUGUAUUUUACUUUUUUCUGAAAUUUUGAAUAAAUAAGUAAAUGAGAA